AGUGGAGUAAACACAUGGGUGUGGAACAUGCAUUUUUUUAUUUGUUUUUGUUUUAAAAUUUUGAACAAUUCUUAGUAAAACUUUGUGUCCCUAAGCUUCAUAUCGAAUGAGUAUUUCGGGCAUUCUGAUUGAAGUACUCGCUCACUAAAAUUAGUACGAAGGAACUUCGGCGGAAGUUGAAAAUCCCCGUGGCACAUAUCCUUCUGUUUUGUGGUGAAAUAAGUCGUGAACUGGACGGGAAAUAGACUGAUGUAUCGUUUUAUCAUGCCUGCGUCGUCAAGAAACUUCUGUGGAGAAAGGGUGUUGCCGUUAAUUUGAGGCGUGGUGAUGGCGGGCAACGUGCAGUUCCAUGACUUCCGCGACGUCAUCUACCCCGUGGUGCAGGUGCGUCUGAUCCAGCGCUGGUGGAUGUACCCCUGGGACCACGCGCAGUGGAACGACAUCACCGUCGCCCAGGUCUACGUGCCCUUCGUGUUCAACAGCUACGUCGAGAUGGAGCCUCUGACCGACUGGUCCACUUUCGGGAACACGUCGAAGCUGUGCCAAAUCGCAGGCUUCGGCGAGCAGUUCUCCUGGGACGUACGGCACACGUUGCACUACGCCACCCUCGACAUGACCGACAGCCUCGAGUGCAAGAUCGACGCCGGAGCUUUCAACGCACCCGUCGGCGAGAACGUCUUCUGCACCAAAGACACCGAGGAGAACACCAUGUGUGACGGUGACGCCGGCGGGCCCGUCAUGUGCUACGGGUUUUUGAAUGGCAUCAUCUCUGACAUGGUCCCAGUGAGAGAUGACUUCAUGCGCAAUUGUAGCUCACCGGCCAAAAGCAACUACUUCAUGUUCGUCGGUUACUACAGGAAGUGGAUCAUGGGUAUCAUAGUGAACAACACUCCUACUGAGGAAGAGGAAAGCAACGAGAUACCCCAUGGCCACCGCCGCCCACAAGCAGUCAGUGCAGUGUCCGCUCCCACCCCCACUCCACCUGUGGGUGGGCUCUCACUGUGCCUAUGUUCGCUGCUUUGCUCCACUGUUCUCAAUAAAUGAAGUGUCCGUGUCCUGCAACUGGUCUCAUUUCCAUUCCAAACUGCCAAUUAGAGUGGCUCUUAUGAGGAACUUUUCUUAAAGAUUUUGUAUAUUUUUCCUUGAACUGUCCUCCAAUUUAUU